AUGCAUUAUCUGGUGGUCAUGAGGCAGAGGGUGCAUGUUGUGCUGCCGGUGGUGUCCUGGGUUGGGGGUUUUCUACACUCAGUAAUUAAGCUUUGCACUGUUUAUGGGCUCCCAUUCUGUGGCCCCAAUGUCACUGAUCACUAUACGUGUAACAUGUACCCUUUAUUGAAGCUCGUCUGUACUGACACCCAUGUCACUGGCCUCUUAGUUGCAUCCAGUGGAGGACUGAUCUGCGCUAUAGUGUUUCUGCUCUUGCUCAUCUCCUAUGGAGUCAUUCUGCACUCUCUGAAGAACCUGAGUCAGGAAGGGAGGCGGAAAGCCCUCCAGACCUGUGGUUCCCACAUCGCUGCGGUUGUCUGCUUCUUUGUUCCCUCUAUUUUCAUGUAA